AUUAGUUAUCAUUUUAGAAGAUUUUGCUGAAGUAACUGAAUACCUAAGCAGAAGUAAUUAUACAACUAUUAGCUUAAUGUAUAGUUUAUUAGCAAUAAUUAGUAAAAAUAUAGUACCUGAUGAUUUCAGUAUAGAAGUUGUAGAUUUAACCAGUCUAAAUACUACCUUUGAUGAUGAUGUUGGUUACGAAGAUGCAUCAGAGGAUGAGCCUAUUACUCGACAACCUAAACCAGCACUAUAUCAGUCUAUUAAUCACUAUUGGAAAAUCCCACAAGAGCAAGGAAUGUUGGCUGCUUUGUUAGAUUCACGAUUCAAAA